AUGAAUCUUAGCACCAGCGCCCCCACCUUUUUACGGCAACCUCACAUAGUCCGCCAUCGCUACUCUUCUUCUUCUUCUUCUUACUUCGGCUUCAGUAAAAGGGAGAACUACAAACGCUGGAUAUCUAGCUCUACUGGAGGAGUCCUUGUUUCAGAACAAAAGCUUUUUGUGCAUUUCGUGUUGGAUCCCAUUGCUGUUAAUGAGACACUGAGAGAAGCAUCAUUUGCAGCUCGGUAUGGUUGCUUGGUCUCCAUUGAGAAAGUUGAGCAGCUGGAUGUUGGUGCUUUAGUGUUCAUAAGGGGCAUAGGUCGUGUCAAGAUUGUAAAAUUUGCACAGGAAGAACCUUUUUUGCGCGGUGCUGUUGUACCAGUAAAGGAUCGCAUACUCCAUGAAGCCACAGAGUUAAAUCCAAAAGUACUUCAACUGAAAGAAGCUAUUCAAAAUUUGAAUAGCUUGGAGAUAAAAUUGAAGGCUCCUGAGGAGGCCUUGUUGCAGACUCAGACAGCAAACUCUUUAAACUGGGCUGAAAAGGCACCAGGGUUAGAUUGUGAUGAAAGUUUUGUUCCCUCCCUCGCUGAGCGCAUUUCUUUUGCUGCUUAUCAACCUGUUUCAGGAUCAAUGCAGUCAGAAUUGACAAAAUUGCAGGAAGAGAAGUUAAAAGCUAUGGACGGCAAAGAUACCCUGGAAAGAUUAAGGAACUCUCUGGAAUUUGUUAAUAACAAUAUUUCUGUGGUCGCUGCCAAACUCGCUCUUCAAUCCUUAUAGGGGCAGUGAGCAGGAAGUGACUAAAUUCUCACUUUAUGGAUUGUUUGAGAAAAACAAUCAAGAUUCUUAGAUAUUGUGUAAAUUGGUUUGGCAUGUGAAAUGACAUGGUUUCAAGUCAUUCUAGUGGGUACUGAAACCUAGUCGCUAAAGGCAGUUCCUGGGAUAUUGUAAAAAGCAGGAAAUGGACCGUGUCAUCCUGUAGCUGCACAGAAGUGGGAUAACAAUAUGCAGCGACUUCAACUGCAGAUCCAAGAUCUUGAGCUUUUGACAUGGUCGUGGUACAUAACUUCUACAGAAGCAAUUAAUAAACCUCAAUGAACUUCGUACAAGGAUGCUAAAAUGUUAAAUUUGUUGGAUUACCUUGCUCUUUUCGUUUAUCAGAACUUUGCUUGAAGUGUUCUCCAUGCUCGGCUAGAGGUUAUUGGAGAAUCCUGCAUUCAAGUUGCUCCUUUUGUACUUCAUCAGCGAUGUUGUUGUUUGGAUAUAAUUGCCAGAUGUUUAGUCUUUGAUUCUUGGAAUCCUCGUUUCUAUCAUGGACUAACAGAAAACUGAAGCAAAAUUUGUAGUAAAUUUACCAUUUGAGCUUUGGAUAUUGGAGUUUAUUGCCUUCAGUCAGUCUUAA